AUGGCGUCGAGAGGAGGUGUUCUUGUAUUUUUCAUGGGAGCGACCAUGACGGCUGCCAUCUUUCGGAUGACGCAAGAUCUCAAUGCGCUGCCGAUGACGUAUAUGGAGGAUGCGGAGAUGCCAGUACAGUGCGAUACCGCCAACCGGAGAGUUCCGUUACAGGCACCUGACUUUGGUCCCUACAAGCCAGCUCCUGUGGAAAAAUAUGUCUUGGAACAUGCGGCCGAACUGAAAUUUGAUGUGGCUCCUCCAGAAUGGACUCCCACCUGUCAGGUCUACACAGAUCCUCAAUCUACUCCCUAUCAUGCGCAACUGCAGGAUUUUAUAGAGGAAUUGGACUCCUACUACAAGUUGGUGAAUGACUUUGACACUCCCAUCAAGGAUCUGAGAAGGAACAUUACUGAAUACGACAAUAGCAUCUGUGAUUUGCUAGAGCUGUAUCCUGGUGGAAUGCCAGCAAUCUUCAACAAGAGCCAACAACUCUCACAUUCCUCCUCAGGGUGGCUAGAACCGCUCAUUCCUCCAAUGAGGCACCCUCGCUUUUGUUUCAACAAGGAUUUCCACAAAAGGCCAAAACAUUUGAUACGCACCGACUACCUCUUGCACGACUUUCAGGCUCUCUGCAAGAAACUCAAGCCUACUAGUCGCACCGUUUUUGUGGACAUGGGAGCAUCUCUUGUCUUUCACAAGGGCUCACAAUCUCCCGUACUGGAUCUGAUCCAGUUGUUUGGAAAAUUCGGAUUCAACUUUGAUCACGUGUAUGCCUACGAAUACAAAAAGCACGAUCCCGAAAAUGUCUUUAAAAGUGUGCCCGAUUAUCUGGAUGCCUCCUAUCACUGGAUCAACAUGGGAGUCACUUCGGAUACCAACAGUCGCCAAAACCCUUUUAAAUUAUUGCAAGACUACUUUGAACCCGAUGAUUUGAUCAUUGUCAAACUGGACAUUGAUACGCCCAAAUUGGAGCGGCAGUUGGCACAACAAUUGUUGGACAAUCCACAGCUGGGAAAGCUCAUUGAUCACUUUUAUUUUGAGCAUCAUGUGAAUCAAGAAGAGCUCGCGGGCACUUGGGGACGUGGUAAAGAAACCGUUGCGGAUUCCAUGAAUUUGUUUCAAGAAUUUCGCAAGAGAGGAAUUCCAGCCCACUUUUGGGUAUAA